UUGAUACUGCAAUUCAAACUGCUAACAGUAUAUAGUUUCAAAUUAGCUUAAAAGUGUAUUUAUGCCAGAAAAUAGCUGAAUAGUCAUUUGCAAGGUAUUAACUUUUAUCAAAAAUAGGAAAAGUACAUCCUACCUAGAGGCUAUAAGUUCCAUUCGAUCUCGUUUAUAAUUUGAUAUAAGUCUCUGUUAAUGAUUUCGACCUAAAGCCACAAAUCAGUAUUAGUGAAUGCCGGUUUGCCUUGAAUUAGAAAGUUGGUUUUAGUUUGUUUUGAGUUCUUCUUCGCCAUAACCUGUCUAAAUUUGCCAAGUCUGCAAAAAUGAUGCAGAUGAACAACAUUGAAAUAACCAGUGUUGCUGAUGAAUUGGCAACGAUCAACGAUCUUCAACGACCAGACUACAGAUCGCAUUCAAGUACGGAAAUGACUGCCAGAUUUAUUUUUGAAUGCGCUCAAAAACUCGAAAUGAAACCGCUUACUUCUGCUACUGCAGCAAUUUUGUUUCAUCGUUUUUUUAGAGAGUUAAACAGUAGCGAAUAUGACUCCUACGUAAUUGCCUGCUCGUGCCUGUACUUGGCCGGUAAAAUUAAAGACGAUAAGGUCAGAAAACGGGACGUGAUAAACGUGGCUCAUAACACCAUCAACAGAGGUGCGCCGCUUCUUGAACCCUGUGACGAGUACUGGUCUAUGUGGGAUUCGAUUGUCCAAGCCGAGCUGUUCAUUGCUCGUGUGCUGAAGUUCGACAUGACGAUCGUGCACCCGCACAAGUAUAUGCUACACUACAUGAAGUCCCUGCAAGAUUUGUUUGGGGCCAAGGAAUGGCACUCGAUGCCAGUUGCACGGGCUGCUGCUUCGUUCUUACAGGAUUUCCAUCAUAGUCCCAAGAUUUUACAGUUUAAGCCUGCCCAUAUUGCCAUAUGUUGCCUGGCGCUAGCUUUUCAAGUAUACGGUGUGCAGGUGCCAAUUACGGACGGAACGGAUGAAUCUCUUCAGUGGUAUAAUGUAUUCUGUGCUGACAUGACGCGCGAAACACACUGGGAAAUCAUGGAAAACAUUUUACAAGUGUACAACUUUGAAUCAUCAACUCCUGAGAAGUGAAUUAUUUACACCCUGAGUAAACUGAACGAAUUUCCUCGAUUAUCAUUUCUUCAUCGUCAUAAAAAAUAAGAACAGUAUAACCUUGUUGUACAACAAGAUAAAGAUAAUCCUGUCUCUUAUUUCAUCGUAUACUUUACGAAUACCUUUCAAUAUUAUUUUUUUCAUCCUCGUUCAUCAUUAUCAUUCAUACAAACUGCGCCAUUCAAAAGUUUCCAUCUUUUCGUGAUAAUACAGAAAACAACGGUGAUGUACUUGUAAGCUCAUUCAAGCAGCUGGAAGAGUUAGUUUCUAAGCUUUUUUGCAGAGUUUUAUUGAAUCUAAUAAAAUUGGCUUUAUUGUCAGCAAC